GGGAGGCAACCUUUUUUCCCUCCCCCCCUCCUUCAACCCAGCAAGCUCCCUUGGGGCGCAUGCGCAGUGACAGCCUCCCAUCUUUCUCUCAGCCAGAACCAGAGCCUCAGCAGCAGCGGCAGCAGCUGAUGAUGAAGAAGAGAGGGAAGGGGGGGAGAUUGGGGAACCUUUUAUUUAUAUUGUUAAAGGGACAGAGCACUAAUUCCACCUUGAAUUGGUUUGCGGGGAGGGCUCGGCCUGAGGAGAUUUGAGUUUCUCCCCCACCCGCAGCCUAGCUAGAGGAUCCCAGAGAGAGACAGUGUGAGAAGGAGAGUUUCUUCCCCCGCUUCGGCCGUCAGAGGAGAGAGAGAGAAGAGAGCUAAAGCCUCUUAGCAACACAGUCCCCCCUCUCCUCCUCUUACUACUAUUGCUGCUGCUGCUGCUUUUUGGCCCUGGCUGGAGACACCUCACCACACACACAGCAGGAGCAGCAGCAGAAGCCAGCUCUCCCCCCCCAUCCCCCUGCUCUCCCCUCCUCCCCCUUUAUUACCCUUUGUGUGUGUCUCUCUCUCCACUGCUCCAGGAAAGGAAAUAAAAGUGGGGGGCAGCUAAGGUUAUCAUGAAUAACGUAUUUUGGAUAUAUUUAAUAAUUGCCGAAGAUGAUCCUCUUUACAGACAAGGCUUUUGAAAUCUGGGAUUUUAUACAGUAAAGGUCCCUGUGACUCUUUUCAGCCCUUCUCAUUCCCCUGGUUGCUGACAUUGAAGUGGUAGUUGCCUGGCUACAAAGUCCUUAUAUCCUGAUCCAUGGUGAUGUCCACCCCAAGGGAUGGUGAUGGCCCAAGCAAGAUGGAAAUCGGUAGGCCCAGAGUUGUGGAAAAGAUAGGAAGGUAUUCAUACUGGAGCUGUAUCAUCAUGAGAGAAUCACAAGAAGCGUCCAGGAGUUCCUUGGACAAUGAAUGGAAGAAGACAAGGAAACAAAAAGAAUGUGGCAUAUAAAAAGGAUUUAAUACCUGGAGUUCUUGGCCGUGACAAAUCUUCAAAAAUGGGACUUAUUCUCUCAAAAUACAAAUUACCUUUGGCAGUCAUCAAGCUUGGAGUCAUGCUAUUGAACUAGACGUAAAUGUUUUUAAUCUCUUCUUGGCCAGUAACAGAGCAUUAAUGGAUUAUGAUUUUCCCAAGUUGGAAACAUUCAUUUUUACCCAUUUAGGAUAUCCUUAUGGCUACAUAAGGAAUAAAACAUUUCAUACUUAAUAUUGAUCAGAAUGGGCAACUGACUUGUCAACAACAAAAAUGGCAGAUUUUAUUGACUGAGCCAGAGAUUCCCAAUGCAUUUUUUACAAACUGGGAAUCGCUGUGCUGUGCAGCCGCCUUCUGAAGGCCAUGAUGACAUAUAGACUAAGGAUAUCAUCUUAUUGUUGAUAUCUCCGAGGAGGCAUAAGCAGUAUCAAAAAAAAUGAAUGGAGGCAAGGAGUGUGACGGUGGGGACAAAGAUGGAGGGCUGCCUGCAGUACAAGUCCCAGUUGGUUGGCAACGGCGGGUAGAUCAAAAUGGAGUUCUGUAUAUUAGUCCUAGUGGGUCUUUAUUGUCCUGUUUGGAACAGGUUAAAACGUAUCUGCUGACUGAUGGAACAUGCAAGUGUGGUUUAGAAUGUCCCCUCAUCCUUCCCAAGGUAUUUAAUUUUGAUCCUGGAGUUGCUGUGACACAAAGAACAGCUGAAGAUGUUAAAGCAGAUGAAGAUGUCACCAAGCUAUGCAUCCAUAAAAGGAAAAUUAUUGCAGUGGCUACACUUCAUAAGAGCAUGGAAGCACCUCAUCCUUCAUUGGUUCUAACUAGCCCUGGUGGUGGAACAAGUGCAACUCCAAUAGUACCUUCACGAGCAGCAACUCCAAGAUCAAUGAGGAAUAAAUCACAUGAAGGAAUUACCAAUUCUGUGAUGCCAGAAUGUAAAACUCCUUUCAAAUUGAUGAUGGGGUCCUCAAAUGCCAUGGGAAGGCUAUAUGUGCAAGAGAUGGCUGCAAACCAACAACAAGAACUUCAUUCUGUCUAUCCCAGGCAGAGAUUGGGCAGUAAUGAACAUGGACAGAAAUCUCCAUAUCGUGGCGGCCAUGGAGGAAUGCCUAGUCCAGCUUCAUCAGGAUCACAAAUAUAUGGAGAUGGUUCCAUCUCUCCAAGGACAGACCCUCUUGGAAGUCCAGAUAUUUUCACGAGGAAUAAUUCCAGUUUUCAUGGAGCACCCAACUCUAGUCCUGUUCACAUGAACAGAACUCCUCUGUCCCCACCUUCAGUAAUGCUACAUGGUUCUCCUGUGCAGUCAUCUUGUGCAAUGGCUGGAAGGACUAAUAUACCUCUUUCCCCAACCCUGACCACAAAAAGUCCAGUAAUGAAAAAACCCAUGUGUAAUUUUUCAGCUAGUAUGGAAAUGCCACGAGCAAUGUUUCACCACAAACCACCUCAAGGCCCUCCUCCACCACCACCACCUUCCUGUGCUCUUCAGAAAAAGCCAUUAACUUCGGAGAAGGAUCCGCUUGGCAUUCUUGACCCUAUUCCUAGCAAACCGGUGAAUCAGAAUCCUGUUAUCAUUAAUCCAAGUACUUAUCACUCAAAUGUUCACUCUCAGGUACCUGUGAUGAAUGUAAGCAUGCCUCCAGCCGUUGUCCCUCUGCCAAGUAAUCUCCCUUUGCCAACUGUAAAGCCUGGUCACACAAACCAUGGGAGUCAUGUGCAAAGAGUUCAGCAUGCUGCUUCAACCUCCCUCUCACCCUCCCCAGUAACAUCACCGGUUCAUAUGAUGGGAUCUGGAAUUGGAAGGAUUGAGGCUUCGCCCCAAAGAUCACGCUCAUCUUCCACAUCAUCUGAUCAUGGAAAUUUCAUGAUGCCUCCAGUAGGACCACAGUCAUCUUGUAGUAAUAUUAAAGUUCCUCCUCGAUCACCAAGGUCAACAAUAGGGUCUCCUAGGCCAUCCAUGCCAUCAAGUCCUUCCACAAAGACUGAUGGACUCCAUCAGUAUAAGGAUAUCCCUAACCCAUUGAUUGCUGGAAUGAGUAAUGUAUUGAAUCCUCCAAACAAUGCAGUUUUUCCAUCUGCAUCUGCUGGAAGUGGGCCCAUGAAAAGUCAGCCUGGCUUGCUGGGAAUGCCUUUAAAUCAGAUCUUGAACCAGCACAAUGCUGCCUCCUUUCCAGCUAGUAGUUUACUCUCAGCAGCAGCCAAAGCACAGCUAGCAAAUCAAAAUAAACUUGCUGGUAACAAUAGCAACAGCAGUAGCAAUUCUGGAACUGUUGCCAGUGGUGGCAACAAUGAUGGACAUAGCACUUUAAACACCAUGUUUCCUCCUACUGCUAACAUGCUUCUACCAUCAAGUGAAGGGCAAAGUGGUCGAGCAGCACUACGAGAUAAGCUUAUGUCUCAACAAAAAGACCCUUUGAGGAAAAGAAAACCACCAAACACUACCGUGUUGAGUUUGCUUAGGCAGUCUCAGUUGGAUAGUUCUGGAGUUCCUAAAUCUGGGCCUGACUUGAUAAGAAAACAGAAUCAAGGUUCAUUUCCCAUUACGUCUAUGUCCCAGUUACUUCAAUCCAUGAGCUGUCAAAGUUCUCAUAUGAGCAGCAAUAGUACUUCUGGUUGUGGGAGCUCAAAUACUGUUUUGCCUUGCUCUGCUAACCAGCUGCAUUUUACAGACACUAAUAUGAACUCUGGCACUAUUCAUAAUUCACUGGCACAAGAUUUACCUUUAAGAGGAGAAAGUAUGCACUGCCAGAAUUCAAACACUAACUUUGGCCAUGGUACUAGUCCUGGCCCAAACAACCAUCUUGCAGGCUUAAUAAAUCAGAUGCAAGCUAGUGGAAAUUGUGGGGUGCUCAGUCAACCUGGAAUGACUUUAGGAAACUCACUGCAUCUGAACCCAACUCAGCCACGAAUCCAAGCACCCUCCAAUCAAGUGAUACCAAACAGCAUUGUGAGCAGUUGCAGUCGAACAAGUCCUGAAGCAGGAAGGACAGGACCACCAUCAUCCACAGCUAUAGCUGGCACCAGUCAACCUGCCAUCACCAAGACCACAUCCGUUCUUCAAGAUGGUGUCAUCGUCACAACUGCAGCUGGAAACCCACUACAUAGCCAGCUCCCCCUUGGGAAUGACUUUCCUUUUGUUGGUCAUGAACAUGCUCUGCAUUUUCCACAGAACAGCACUUCAAACAACAACCUUCCGCACUCUUUGAAUCCAAACCUCUUUAGUUCACUACCUAUCUCUUUGCCAGUGAAUCAGCAGCACCUCCUAAACCAGAAUCUAUUAAAUAUACUGCAGCCUUCAGCAGGAGAAGGCAAGUCUGAGGUCACCCUCAAUCCUUUAGGUAUUCUCAACCCAAAUGUAAAUGCUGCUUUAGCUUUGCUCUCCGGUGAUGUGGAUGGGCAGGUGCUGCAACCUGUUCAUUUCCAGCUGCUAGCAGCUCUUCUACAGAACCAAGCCCAAACAGCUGCCAUGUUCCCCUUAGCACCUUUCAAUCUGUCCAUCUCAGAUCUGUUACAGCAACAGCAACACAAUCCUGUACCCUCAGUAACACAGAUGACAGCCCCACCACCAGAUCACUUGCUUAGCAGUCAGUCAGAUACCAACAGAGCUGAUACCCUGUUAACCAGUUCCCUGGGAAACCCUUUCCCAAGCUUUUCAGGCACAGACACUACUUCAAACCCCCUGCUCCUUCCAGCUGUCACUGGGGCCUCAGGAUUAAUGCCCUUGAAUCCCCAGCUGCUGGGUGGUGUUCUGAACUCUACAUCGGGCAACCCUGCUAAUCAUCCAGAGGUUUCCAUAGCAACCUCCUCCCAGGCUACCACUACCACAGCCACUACAUCAUCAGCAGUGGCAGCACUGUCUGUCUCAACACUUGGUGGGACAGCAGUGGUGUCAAUGGCAGAAACAUUGCUGAGCAUAUCUAAUAAUGCUGGGAGUACAUCUGGUUCAGCUAAACUCAACAGUAACUCUGUGGUGCCACAGCUACUUAACCCUCUACUGGGGACAGGUCUACUUGGUGACAUGUCAUCAAUAAAUACUACCCUUAAUAAUCAUCAACUGACGCAUCUACAGUCACUGUUCAACAACAAUCAAAUGUUUCCAUCAAAUCAGCAACAGCAGCUUCUUCAAGGCUAUCAGAAUCUCCAAGGCUUUCAAGGACAGCCCCCCAUUCCUGGGCCACCUAACAACUCAAACCCUAUGGCUUGUCUGUUCCAGAAUUUCCAGGUGAGAAUGCAAGAGGAGGCAGCUUUUCUGAACAAAAGAAUGAUCAGUCAAAUGGGGAUGCCACCAGUUCCCGAGAGUUCCAACACCCCACUUCCUCCAUUUCAAGAUACGGUGUGCAACUUGCAGCAAAGGACAGAGCCGUCUGUAGGGCACCAGGCAAAGGACAGCCUCACCCUAGCUACCCCAGGAGAUGGUUCAGUCGAUGCUAUCUACAAAGCAGUGGUAGAUGCUGCAAGCAAGGGGAUGCAAGUAGUUAUCACCACCGCAGUGAACAGCACGACACAAAUGAGCCCCAUUCCAGCCCUGAGUGCCAUGAGUGCCUUCACAGCCUCAAUUGGUGACCCAUUAAAUCUUUCUAGUGCGGUCAGUGCAGUAAUCCACGGAAGAAACGUUGGCAUUUCUGAUCAUGAAGGUAGGGCAAGGAACACGAGGGGGGCACGAAUAUUGAAGAAUUCAGAACACCUUAAAAAUUCCAGUGAGGGGGAGGGCUUAGAAUACUAUAAAACAACAGGUUGCAACACACCCAAAAAACAAUGGGAAGGGGAACAAAGCCCUGGAGGGGAAAUGAACAGAUGGAAGUGUGAGGAAUUUCUAGACCAUUCAUCCCAUAUCCACAGCAGUCCUUGCCAUGAAAGACCUAAUAAUCUCUCCACACUGCCAUUAGUUCAAGGCAAGCAGCAUCCAAUACUGUUACCCCAGCGAAAUUGUCAAAGUGAUAAGAUGUUGGAGGAGAACUUCAGGUAUAGCAAUUACAAAAGAACUAUGAUGAGUUUUAAAGAAAGACUAGAGAACACUGUGGAACGAUGUGCACACAUGAAUGGAAACAGGCCUCAACAAAGCAGAGGUUUUGGAGAGUUGCUGAAUGCUUCUAAACAAGACCUGGCAGUGGAGGAGCAGUCUCCAAGUUCCUCCAAUAGCUUUGAAAGUUCUCUAGUUAAAGACUACAUCCAUUAUAAUGGGGACUUUAAUGCCAAAAGCGUUAAUGGGUGUGUGCCUAGUCCUUCAGAUGCUAAAAGCAUUAGUAGUGAAGAUGACCUAAGGAAUCCUGAAUCCCCUUCUUCAAAUGAGUUGCUACAUUACAGGCCAAGGACGUUUAACGUUGGGGACUUGGUCUGGGGCCAAAUAAAAGGACUGACUUCAUGGCCUGGUAAACUAGUAAGAGAAGAUGAUAUUCACAACUCAUGUCAACAAAGCACUGAGGAUGGGAAGGUGGAGCCUGAUAAGUUGAAGACACUAACAGAAGGUCUGGAAGCCUACAACCAUGUCAGAAAGAGGAAUAGAAAAAGUGGGAAGCUAAAUAAUCAUUUAGAAGCUGCUAUACAUGAGGCCAUGAGUGAACUUGACAAAAUGUCUGGGAAUGUGCACCAAAUUCCACAGGGAGACAGACAGCUGAAGCCUCCGAAACCCAAGAGGAGGAAGAUCUCUAGAUAACAUUGAAUGUCUUUGUUACUGGUCCAGUACUUAUUUAAAAAAAACAACAUGCACAUAUAUAUAUAAUAUCAGGAUGGAUAGAGUUCAUCACCACAGGGUGCUAAACAAAACAGUGGUACAGUAUUCUUAUUGGUAAAGAAGGAGAAGUUAAUCCAGAUCUUCAAAAGAUUACAGUGUGUGUAUAGAACCCUUUUUUCUAUAAUACUAAAAUUGUGAUUAUAAGAAAUAGUCCAAAUGUUUCUGCAAAAUUUUCAUUGUGUAUAUAGAUAAAACAGAAUUUCAUGACGAUAUCUCAAAUGUAAAUAAUGUACAAUAUUGUCAUGUACAAGCGUACCUAAUGCACACUUUAUCUUUUAUUGUACAAAAAAAUAGUGUACAAAAUUCUUUGGUUUCUAUUGAGUACACAUACAAGAGACUACCAGUGUAAAGUGAUAAAUAAAAAUACAGCCUAAAUGCUUUUAUAUAAUAAUGUAAAAGAUGCUGUUUUUGUAUUUAACAGCAGUUGAAAAGGCAUGAUUAUGUAAUACCUUAAUUAUGACAUAACACUUCUCGCCACUGAGUGUUCAUUUAUAGUGUCUGUUUGGAAUGAACCUUGCCUGGAAGUGUGCUGUACUCCAUUUAAGGUCUCUGUAGGAGAGUGCAACCUUGCAGAUUCCUAAAGGGAUGUGGGAUUGCAGGUCAAAUUAAGAAGUCAAACACUGCAACUGCUGGUUGCAUUUUUAUUAUUAUUUGCCUGAGUUUUAAAGUAGAAUGCUGUAGAUUUUUUAUUAAGAAUAUUUAGAUAGAAUAUUUUUAGUCUGCUAUUGCUUUAACAGAGUUUCAUAGCCACCUGUUUUUAAAAUCAAGUUCAUCUUAUACCACCAUUUCUUUUGAACCCCUUCAUAGCCUAAAUUGGCUAGCCCAGUAUUUUGAAACGGGGGACAUGAUUGAUUUUAAUGUAUGGGAGCAAUAGCCCAGUUUUAAGAACCAUGUUCAUUGCUAAUAUUGUUAAUUGUCAGACCUUACAGUUCAGAAAAAAGUGUUCCUAAAAUUAAAGAAGAACUUUCAGUG